CUCUCUCUCUCUCUCUCUCUCUCACACACACACACACAGACGCACGCGCGCGCAUUUAUAGGGAGAACUUCUCAUCACAGAACACAUCUAUUUGGAGAGAGACGGACAUGAGCGCGCAGAUGAGACUCGUUUCCUUCAUCUUUAUUCUCGCUUUGAUUUGGUUCUCGAGCUGCGCGCCCCCGACCUGUUACUCGCGCACUCUGGGGCUCAGCAAAGUCAUCAUGAGAGCUUUGAACAGAACACAUAAUUCCAGUCGCACGAAAACAUGCGCCGAGUUUUUGCCAAAGAUGUUUCUAGACGUGCACAACUCCUGCAUCCGAUCGAAGCUGCGUGAUUUCUUGUAUGUGACGGAGAAUCUCCCGACUGAAUACUGCCGAGAGCGUCCUCUCAUCCGGCUCCUGAAGCGCCGCGUCCGGACCCUGUACUCCAUCAUCACUCGCGCCUGCUAUCGGGAUCUGGUGUUUUACACAGAUGACUGUGAGGCUCUGGAAACAGGAAACAUCAGUCCACGAUACUCAGAGGACCGGCUGGAACACGUGAUAGAGGACGCCUGAGAUAAACACAACUACAACACUCUCCCU